CUAAGAUAUAUUCAUUCCGAAGCCGACUUACUUACCACCAACCAGCUGCUAGCACACACAGCACAAACACGAGACACGGACGAUCACAUGACACAGCCUCGAUCAACGCACCGAUGGGCGGAGGGCACCAAAGGCGAACAUGGGAUAAGCCUGCAGGCCGACGCACACGCACACACACACACUGAGAAAGAGAGACGUGUGCGUGCGGCAUGAGAGGCAUGACAUGAGUCGAUGGGCAUGGUCACUGACUGGCCUGAUGGUAGAUGUAUGUUGGUGUGUAGACAGGCACUGUCAUGGCGGUCGGUGUGGGCGGCCAUAUCACUGUCCUGUCGACACUAUUCAGCGCGGGUACCUGCACAAAGACAUCCCAUACAAACAAAGGUGACAGCGAUGUGAUGAUCAGUGGGUGGUCCCCAUUGGCUGCUCGUGUGUUACACUCCACACCUGUCCACUGGCCCAGGUUGGGGGGGAAGCCAUCUGACUUGGCCAGGGGGUGGUGGGCCUGGCGGUGGCAGACCACGCAUAACAUCAGCAGCGUACGGCACCUGCACCCACACAGAGACACAAGUGGGUCGGUCAGCCAUAUGUGCAAGUGUGGCCGCCGUGUCUCUCACUGCUGCCUGUGGAUGAACAGCCUUGGGACUGACAUGGUGAAUGGUUGUCACAAAGGGUCGGCUGUGUGGGCCUGGGGUCUUCUCCAUCUCUGCACUCGGCGCCGCCACUCGCAGAUCCACACCACGCUGAACCUGAGCUCGCGUGGCAUGUCGGGCCCUGAGCAAUGACGCCUCAAGGAGAUGGGUUCAGACAUACAGGCCGCUGAUUUGCUCUUUGCGAGGCGCCGAAACAGACCGAAUUGAUGACCGCAAAGGGGCCGAGUACACCUCCUGGCGCACUUGGCAGAGAACUUGAGCCGGUGGGCCACUGUACCAGCUGGGCCGACGGCUGGCUCCUGGAGAAAGGCCCCCUUUGCAGCAGCGGGGCUCUCCAUGUGAGGCGAC